AUGAGGACGGAGCGGGCGCAGAUCCGAACGGUGAAGGCCAUUCUGGAAGCGGAAACGCUCAGUGUUGACGACGCGUUGGGACGCUACAGUAGUGCGGCUGACAGUUUGGCAGCUGAUACUCCGUCGUUGGAGGACAUCCUCAGAAAGGUCAAUUCCAACGUCGAAACGGCCGUAGCUGUUCUGGAUUAUGGACAUACAAUGCUGACCUGCGCCCUGAAGCGCCGCCUAGAGGAGCUCGAUGAAAUGGAAACUCACACAAGCUUCUCAGAAGCCCCUCAGACAAAUUUGGCGCCGAUUCCUAUUCCCAAGUUCAGCGGACGCAUCUGGGAAUGGGACACCUUCUGGGGAGCUUUCCAGCACUCUGUGGAUUCUCGAGAAAUAGACGAUUUGUACAAGAUGAAUUACCUCCUUGACGCACUUCAAGGCGAGGCUAAAGAAACCGUCAAGCAGUUCGAGGUGUCUGGUCGCACCUAUCCAUUAGUCGUCGCCCAUUUGAAGGAAAAAUACGGAAAUACACAGGCUCUUGUAGACCACAUGAUACGCAGACUACAAAAAGCGCGAGCACAAAGCGAACGGUUGGAACACCAAGAGAAACUCUUGGAGGAGUUGUCGUCGAUCGUAUCGCAGCUUCAACUAAAAGGAGAGAACGUUGACAAUUGUUUUUUGCAAGAUCAACUCCUAGGAAAGUUUACAGAAGGAAUACAACGUCACGUGUUACGAACUAAGGAACAGCGGUCACCAAACGACAACUGGGACACCAAUAUGCUUCUCAGCUGUGCGAAAGAAUAUAUCCGGACGGAACUCAAGAUCGUAACCCGAGUUGGGAAAAGGCGAGAGCAGCAGCCGGUACAAGAGCCAGCAGGAGACAGGAGGUAUCCCCGGACAGGGCGGAAAAUCGCCUCAGCUUCGGAACGUCAACACUCCUGCUUCUACUGCGGUAAAGGCGAUCAUGCAGCAAAGGACUGCACCGAAGUGGCUACACGAGAAGAAAGAAUGUCCUUUAUGCGGAAACGAAACCUGUGUCUCAACUGUGGCUCUGCAGAACAUUGGGCAGGGCAAUGCAAAGGAGGAGCAUGCAGAAUAUGUAACAACCACGGCCAUCACACCUCCCUUUGCCAACAACUCCCUUCGCGCGAAGAAACCAAUCUGGCAGCCUCAACGAAUCCAAAAAGCCGCACCAAACAUUCGAAUAGAGCCACUCCCAAGCGGCCUGUUCAGAAAUCACUGAAUUCAUCCAAAAUGAACACUGUGGUAUCAGAGCCCCAACCAUCCGAUGAGGUGCCAACCACAGCUGCCUUCGUCAACCUUCAGCGAAGCAUAGCUGACGUCCACAUUCUCGUGGGACAAGCGCACGUCCUGAACCCAAAGGAUCAAGCUCUGGAAGCUAUUCAUGUACUGCUCGACACUGGGGCCGAUCGCUCAUUCAUCUGUACUGAGCUGGCGGAUCGCUUGCAGUUGCGAGAUAUCAGUUCAACCAAGUUGACUAUCAACACAUUCGGCUCUAAGCAGCCUCUGCAGCAAACAUGCGGAAUAACCCAGAAUAACGGUUACGAAAAUAGGGACUGUCACAGAGCCAAUACUAAGACGCAGCCUCAGCGAAGAGGACAGACGAUUUUUCUGCGUGACAACAAUAUCUGCCUUUCUAUACAUGCGGAUAUCAUGGAACUCAAACCUCAAGUGCUACUGGGAUGUGCGGACCUGUACGCAUUUCUUGAAGGAGGCUUCGCGAACCAGAAGACGCUGCCUUCGGGACUGACACUCAUUCCUUCGAAACUAGGAUAUCUCGUGUCUGGAUAUGAAACACCUCCAGAAACGCAUCCUAUGGAACAGCCACACUCCGACGCAGGAGUCAAAACGAGCACGACAGGUUCCAUUGAAGACGAACAGGACUGGGAACAGUUCUGCACAUUUGAGUCGACAGGGUUCCUAAAACAACCAUCGUACUGGUCAAAAGAAUGUCGAAUGUUCGCCUUACCAGUUGAACAAUCAUGCUCGGUCACAACAGUUACAAGGUCCUCAUCGGAACUCCUGGAUUGGACUCGACACAAUCAUCUGCCGUCCGUGAAGAGAACUUUGGCGUAUGUACUGCGCUUCAUCCAUCGACUCUCGCUGAAGGUGAAUGCGGAGCUGAGAAAACGACUCGAGGCAAGCAUUCCAGAACUGCGCCGGAUGUCAAGUGAUGCGUACAUAACGGCCGAAGAGAAUGAGAUGGCUCAACGAGUGCUCAUUCGCCAUCACCAAACCACUUGUUUCACGGAAGAACAGCUGAAGGCACUGAAACAACUUAGCGUUGUGUUGAUCUCAGACCCUGCUCUUCCAAGAAAUUCGUGGAAGCUAGGAAGAAUCAUUAGCAUACCUAGCUCUAACAGCGAGAAGAUCAGAGAAGUGCAAUUGAAGUUACCAAGCGGACACAUCGUUAGAAGACCAGUCAAUCUUCUCGUUCCACUUGAGUUGGAAGAUAGCGAAAACGAGCCUCCGCCGUUCGUCACGGAGCCAGAAACUCCAGGCGAACCAGAAUCAGCACCUCGAUAUGAGCUACGACCGCGAAAACGGGUGAACUACAAUGAAACUACGACUCAUUGCUCGACUGUCCAGUCCUCGACUAUGGUGAAUGCUCCAGCAAAGGUUCUGCUAGCUUGCGUCACAGCCCUUAUGCUGGCUACAAACGUUGCAUCGGCUGCCAAGGUAGUUGGGCAUAUGUCCUGCAUCCCAGGAGGAGUGGCAAUUACUACUAACGACGUCGAGCGGUAUGAACUCUGUGUGGAAGGCAACUGUCACGUAAAAGACAAUCCCCACGGAAAGGAAACGAUACACUUUCCACCAGAAGUACUUCUACACGAACACCAUGUCCAGUUGAAACUUUUUAAAGGACAAAGCCUCAGCCUUCUGGAAGCCUCCUGCUCACCUGCCUCGUUUUGCGAAAAUAUCCGUUGUUGGAUUUGCACCGCUAACAUCUUCAACCCGGAGUGUUCCCCACGAGCGGCAAUCACGGCGAUCGCCUUCAUCAUAUACAUUGGGAUCGCAGUUGUGUAUGUACUGUGCUUCGUACCCGUAGUGAUCGGCAAACCGUGCCGUCUCUUCGGUAGAGGAAUGUGCAACUUCAUCAAGUUCACUGCACGCGUAGUGUGGCUACUCUGCCGCAAAUUACUAUUCCACCGAAGACAACUGGCUCGAAGAUACGAUGUACAGGAAUUCUUGAACACGCCUCUUCUAGCCGUCAUUUCUGUCAUCACCUUUUCUUCGCUUACGUUGUCUUGUCAGGAUAUCGACGUUUUCUUCUACCACGACUCCAUCUGCACUUUCGCUCCAAGUGGGAGUUCAACCGACUGUACCGAUCAAUUACAACAAGAUGCGUAUCACCCUUACCAGCCUCUCCUUUCCGCCCACUCCGAUGUUAGCGUCAUCUUUCAUCUCCGACGGUUCUCGAAUGGCUCUUUGGAAUCACAAGGAAAUACCACACUUCCUUUGUGUGACUCAGAAGAACAAGCUAGGUUGCUCAACUGCACCGUCACCACAAAUUGUAAAUGCGAACCGGCAGAGAACAAAGUGACCUGUGUAUGCACCGAUUUCUACUUCACAAGCGUCUUUUCAAAAGAAAUCGAAAAUCGCUUUCCAAUACGGCGCCCUUGGAUAACAUUUGCGACAGCAAAGGACGAUGCAUCCGCAGUCGUGGCUUGGAUUCCCUCAUUUACCACAACGGAACUCUUAAUACAUCUGAAGGAAGAAUUUGACAACACCAUAAAGAUGGUAACGGACUCCAUCUGCACUGUUCCCAAUUCCAUCGCGAAAGGAUGCUAUCAUUGUCCGCAGGGAGCGACCGCAGAAGUAACGUGUACAACAAAUGGCAAUGCUACCAUGGCUACGGUAGUAUGCGAGGAGCAGUCCUUCACUAUUCCGUGUCAAGGAACAGGAUCGACGUCAACUUUGCGGUUCACUCACUCGUCAGCGAGAGUGAUGAAAAAUUGCACGGUUUCAUGUGGCACCGCUGAAACAACCUUCGAAAUCACCGGGGUUCUUCAGUGGGUCCGGACGAUCUACGGAUCAGCAACGAAAGUCAUCAACAGUGAAAGCAACGUGUAUGAUGAGCUGAUAUUUCCAGAUUUUGGACACAUUUUCGACGUGAUCCUCCACUGGUAUAAGACCCCAAAGAAGACGCCAUCUACCACUGCUGAGACGAAUACCACUGCCACUGCACCAUCUGUACCGGGAGCAACACCGCAAUCCAAACCGAGAGUACCGCCGAAACGGCCAACUCCCGCAGCGAAGCCAGCGGCGACGGCUGGGAAGGGUCGCGCUUCUGGAACAAUGCUGAAGGAACUUCUUCAACAAGGAAGUCGGAUUUUGCGUUUAGCCGCAUGCAAAGUCGACCAGCUAGCUCCUGCCGUUACCGUCACUUCAUCAGAAGAAAGCAUGCAGUACCUUAAGCGUUUCGAACAGUUGCUGCAGACUCAUCACGUACGGAGCGAAACUGCACAAAAAUCAAUCGAAGCUAAAAUCGACACGCUGAUGCUGAAGGUGGACACGAUCACGAAUCGCCUUGAUCGAGUAGAGCAAAUGAUGAAGGGAACCGCUACUGCUUCUGCAUUGAAGGAACAGUCGUCGGUGGAGCAAACUCGAUGGAGAGAGCUUCAGAUAGAGAUUCAAGGACUGCAAGCUAAAGUAGACGCACUGAACCUCCCGCAGCUUCAAAGAGACAUGGACGAACUGAAGGCAAGUCUCAAGGAGCUGAAUUCCCAAAAUGUUGUCGAUGUGGACUCGCAACCAAAUGCCGCGAGGGAGCCCUCCUCCGAGAUGGAGAGGGUUCUGCGACAGAUGGGUGAGACUGAACGAGAGCUCAAAGAGAAGCCAGAAGAAGUUGUGAUUCUCGCAGCACCGGGAGAGACCAGGACGCACGCCGAGGACAGGAGAAACGACGCAGUUCGACAAGAUCGACGGACCACCAGCACAGACGGCCCAAGUGAAAUGCCUCGUACAACA